CACACUUUCUGAAGAACGGGUGAUACAGCGAGCCAGUACACGGAUGGCAAACUAGAAACAUACAAAAUGCACAUCUUGACCAAAUACUCCCAUCGCAUCCUCUCCACAUCUCAUCAUCAUAUCUCACGCGGCCCUCUCAUUCUCAAGCGCUACAUCGGAAUUCCCCCAGCAUUUCUCCUAGACGAUUACACCCCCCGGUACCACCUUAUUAGCUCAGUCGAUGCCUCGAAAAAACGAUCCCUAGCAUACGCCCACUUACGCGAAUGCAAUCUAUGCCCUCGAAAAUGCGGGGUAAACAGAUACGAGACGACGGGGAUGUGCAUGAUUGGAGCGGAGACAGCUAAAGUGAACGUGAUUGCGCCGCAUCGCGGGGAAGAACCGUGUAUCCAGGGGUUUCACGGUAGUGGAUCGGUCUUUUUCUCGGGUUGUAAUCUUCGUUGUGUGUUUUGUCAGAAUCAUGAUAUCGCUCACCAGCGCAAGGGCUUUGAUCUGACCCCCGAAGAACUUGCAGAAUGGUAUAUCAAGCUUCAACAGAUUGGCAACGUCCAUAACAUCAACCUCGUGACCCCCGAACACGUCGUCCCACAGGUUGUCCUUUCUAUCUUGGCCGCAAGGGACAUGGGCCUCCGCAUUCCAAUAAUCUACAACACAUCGUCAUUCGACUCGUUGGACUCGCUCAAACUUCUCGACGGCCUCGUCGACAUAUACCUCCCCGAUUUUAAAGUCUGGCGCAAUGAGACAUCGACACGACUCCUAAAGGCAGACAAUUACGCCGCCACGGCAAUGGAAAGUAUCAAAGAGAUGCACCGGCAAGUCGGUGAUCUGUCAUUUACAUCAGACGGUAUUGCCAAGAGGGGUGUACUCUUGCGACACCUGGUUAUGCCGGGUAAAGAAAAUGAAGGACGGGAGAUUAUGCGCUGGCUCGCUGAGAAUGUCUCCCGGGACCUUUACGUGCAUAUCAUGGAGCAAUAUCAUCCCGAUGCGCAUGUCGGGAAGAAGAGGCGAGUAACGAGGAGGGCUCGUUUGGGAGAUGAAGAAGGGGGCGCGCCGAAGGAGGAGGUUCGGUACUCGGAGAUUAAUCGUGCUAUACGUGAUGAUGAACUGAAUACUGUUAGAGAUGCUGCGUUUCAGGCUGGGCUGUGGCGGUUUUGCGAGGUUUAUGAGCAGAAUAGUGCGUUUCAUCUAUGAAUUUGUGCUUGUUUCUUAAAGUUUUGUGGAUAGUGUACGUAUAGACUAACAAGAUAGUGAUAAAUUCUUGCAUGGAGAUGAUGGACACCCAAGUCAUUCUCAUUGGCAAGAAUCAUAUUGAAUCAAAUUGAAUCAUAUUCUCGAGCUUCUUCUCGAAUCUCAUCAGAUAUGCUCG